GCCCCGGCAACAGCACAUUCACGUUGCAGGGCACAGGAAUCAAAGGUGGUGUGAACUCCGUGCUCUUCUGGAGCUGGAAUUGAAAUACAGAGCGUUAUCAUUUGAAGAAAACCUGCUUAAUAUUUGAUAAGGAGGUACUUUUAUAAAUCAACUGGGAUUUUAAAAAUCAUCUUAGAUGUUUAGAAUUUGGAUUGCUGCACUCCUUGUCUUUGGCACAUCAACAGGAAACGAAGUUUGCUAUGAACGGGUGGGGUGCUUCAGAGAUGGUUCACCAUGGACAGGGACUUUGUCAAGACAGUUCGCAGGUCUACCCUGGUCCCCGGAAGAGAUAAACACUCGCUUUCUGCUCUACACUAGACGCAACCCCAAAGUCUAUCAGGAAAUCAGUGCAGUUAAUCAUCUAACUAUCCAAGCUUCAUACUUUGGAACAGACAAAAUGACCCAAAUCAACAUACCUGGAUGGAAAACAGAUGGCAAAUGGCAGCAAGACAUGUGCAAUGUGUUGCUGAAAGUGGAAGAUGUGAACUGCAUUAACUUAGACUGGAUUAACGGCUCCAUGGAAUAUAUCCAUGCUGUAAACAAUCUCCGUGUUGCGGGAGCUGAGGUAGCUUAUUUUAUUAAUGUUCUUGAGAAAGAAUUUGGAUAUUCCCCUUCUAAAGUGCACUUGAUUGGCCACAGCGUGGGCGCGCAUCUGGCUGGGGAAGCUGGGUCAAGGAUUCCAGGCCUUGGAAGGAUAACUGGGUUGGAUCCAGCUGGGCCCUAUUUCCACAACACUCCAAAUGAAGUCAGGCUGGACCCAUCAGAUGCCAACUUUGUUGACGUUAUUCAUACAAAUGCAGUUCCCUUUCUGUUUGAGCUUGGUGCUGGAACUAUUAAUGCUUGUGGUCACCUUGACUUUUACCCAAAUGGAGGGAAGCACAUGCCAGGAUGUGAAGACUUAAUUACACCUUUAUUUAAACUUGAUUUCAGUGCUUACAAAGAAGAAGUGGCUUCCUUCUUUGAUUGCAACCAUGCCCGAAGUCAUCGCUUUUACACUGAAAGCAUUCUCAAUCCUGAUGCGUUUAUUGCUUAUCCUUGUAGAUCCUACAAAGCUUUCAAAGCAGGGAAUUGCUUCCACUGUCCCCAAGAAGGUUGCCCGACAAUGGGUCAUUUUGCUGAUAGAUUUCACCUAAAAAAUAUGAAGCCUAAUAGACCAUACUAUUUUUUAAACACAGGGACUCUUUCCCCAUUUGCCCGUUGGAGGCACAAAUUGUCUGUCAAACUCAGUGGAAACAAUGUCACUCAAGGGAGCAUAUUUCUCCACGUUGGUGGAACAACUGGGAAAAAAGAGGAGUUUGUGAUGGCCAGUGGAACACUUAAGCCAGGCAUGACUUACACAAAAUUAAUUGAUGCAGACGUUAAUGUUGGGAACAUUACAAGUAUUGAGUUCAUUUGGAAGGAACAUAUGUUUGGACAGUCUCUGAAUAAGUUGGGAGCAGAAAUGGUAAAAGAUAUAUCUGGAAAAUACGACUAUGAAUCUACCUUCUGUAGCCCGGACAUUAUAGAACCUAAUAUUACCUACAACCUGAAGCCAUGUUAAUCCCAGAAACAGUCUUGAAGGAUUUAUUUAAUGGGAGCAAUGAAAAAGAGAAUCUCCUUCUAGUUGGCAUCCAGGCCAAAUUUGGCCCUUGUGAAUUAGAUAAAAGUAGGGUUGUGUGUUUGCUGUUGUUUACAGAAUGUUUUUCCCAUUGAUAAACUUUUUUUUUAUUGAAGUUAUCAUUGAUAUACAAUCCUAUAUUGGUUUCAGAUGUACAACACAGUGGUUUAACAGUUACCCAUAUUAUUAAAUCCUCACCCCUUCUAGUGCAGUCACUAUCUAUCAACAUAGAAAGAUGUUACAGAAUAAUUGACUAUAUUCUCCAUGCUGUAUUACUGUCCCCAUGACCAACUAAUACUGAUAAACUUUUACAUAUCUCUUAAAAACAGAGUGAGUCCUAGGACAGAGUAAAGUACUGUGAUCUGCAAGAGUCUGAUCUCAGUGACAAAACAGAGCUGCCCUGGAUUUCCCUUAGUAAGAGGAAGCAAUGAAAAAUUACGGUGGCAUAAACUCACUGGGUAAAGUGAGACUCUGGUUGACUGUUCGAAAUACAUUUUUAGUAUUUCCAGGUAGAAUAAUCAUUGUUCUAAAAUGGUUUAAAGAAUAUUUAUUAUGUUGUUAAACCUUGCUAGGACAAAUGAUGGCUAUAUUUGAUGAUAUAUAGAUUAUAACCCUGUGGGUUGAUACCUCUAUCUGUUAAUAAUGAAAGCUAGUGAGGGUACAUUCUUAUUUCCAAGGUGUUCCUUGGUCUUCAGGUUGUGUGUGAGGUAAAAGAGAUUUGAGAGCUUAUCUAUGAUGUAUGCACCAGUUAGCAGUGGGCCCUGAGGACCAUCAGCCACUUCUAGAAGCUCCCUGGCCACAGGAGAAUUAGUCAUCUCCCUGGGCCUUGAUAGCCCCAUUGCAAAUUGCACUUAGCAUAAAGGCAGCAUUUCAUUUGUAAAUCAUUUAACUAGACCUUUAUGUGUGCAAUAACGAUAUUGCAAUAUUUAAUGUGUUGAUGUGGCUUUUUUAUUUUAUUUCAGUUUCUUCUAAUUCAGUUGUCCUUAUCCAGUGAAAAUUAAAGAUGACUGGUUUU